UUUAAUGCUGUCUAUUUCGAUCCCCUGCCUCACCGAACGCUUCCAUCUCCCCUCUCUUCACAACUGGUCUGCCGUCCGCUUUGUCGCCGUCUCGAAUCGAGGCGGAGAGCAAGCGAGCGAGAGGAAGGAUCUGUCGAGCUUUUUAAAUACGGCGACGAGGCCUUUGUGCGCGUCUGGGUCUCCUUCUUCGAGGCCAUCCUUCGUAACGUUGGAGUUUCAAUUCCUAGGAUUCCUGUAUAUGAAUUCUGGAAGAAUUUUGGGGCUGUAUUUUUAGCUGAGAGCUCUUUCGCCUUUGCUAUCACUCAUUGAUAUUCAUAGAGCAUUGAGAAAAAUGUUGUCAAAAUCAUGUGCCAACCUUUUUGAAGUGGGGUCUAGUAAUACAAUAGAUUUUGAUAAUAUUAAGUCACUUUCUAGAGUGAUGACUACUGUAGGAAUCAUAAACGACAUGGAUGGAACAAGUACUGAAGAAGAUUUAUGUUCUCCUAAACUAUCAAUUCGGAACCGCAAAAUCAUUGUAGCCAAUUUCCUUCCACUGAACUCUGUGAAAGAUCAAAAAACUGGACAAUGGUGUUUCGCAUGGGAUGAUGACUCACUUUUAUUUCAGCUCAAAGAUGGUUUUUCUUCUGAUACUGAAGUCAUAUAUGUAGGAAAUCUUAAGGCUGAUAUAGACAUAAGCGAGCAAGAAGAAAUUUCCCAGAAGCUUCUGGUGGAAUAUAAGUGCAUGCCGACAUUCCUCCCUCCUGAUCUCUUUAAGAGCCACUACCAUGGAUUCUGCAAGCAGCAACUUUGGCCUCUUUUCCAUUACAAGCAUCCUAUCUCCCUUCAUGAGAGUUAUCUCUUUGACCGUUCUCUUUUUCAAGCUUAUACUUCAGCAAACAAAAUAUUUGCAGAUAAGGUUUUGGAGGUAAUUAACUCUGACAAUGACUGUGUGUGGAUCCAUGAUUAUCACCUUAUGCUUCUUCCAACAUUCUUAAGGAAACAACUAAACCGAGCAAAGAUUGGUUUCUUCCUUCAUAGCCCUUUUCCCUCUUCUGAAAUAUACCGAACAUUACCAGUCAGAGAUGAGAUACUCAAGGCAUUGCUUAAUGCUGAUUUAAUUGGCUUCCAGACAUUUGAUUAUGCACGACACUUCUUGUCUUGUUGUAAAAGGAUGUUGGGACUGAAUUACGACUCAAAACGUGGUUGUAUUGGACUUGAAUACUAUGGUCGUACUGUGAGCAUCAAGAUUCUCUCAGUGGGUGUUCACAUUGGCCGACUUCAUUCUUUACUCAAUCAUCCUAAUACCAUUUCAAAAGUUCACGAGAUUGAGGAAAAAUUCAAGGGGAAGAAAUUGUUUCUUGGUGUGGAUGACAUGGAUAUAUUUAAAGGCAUUAGCCUGAAGUUGUUAGGAUUUGAGCUUUUACUGGAGAGGAAUCCUACUCUUAGAGGGAAUAUUGUCCUUGUGCAGAUCGUGAAUCCUGCUAGAAGCACAGGGAGAGAUGUGAAAGAGGCAAGUGAGGAAGCAAUAACUAUUGCUAAAAGAAUAAAUGAUUCAUAUGGCACUCCAGGCUAUGAGCCAGUGGUACUUACAGACCAGCCUAUGCCUUUCCAUGAAAAAAUUGCUUUUUAUGUGGCAGCUGAAUGCUGCAUUGUUAAUGCAGUGAGGGAUGGAAUGAACUUAGUUCCUUAUCAGUAUGUAGUUUGUAGGCAGGGAACCGAGAAAAUGGAUGAGAGUAGAUGCAUCAAUAUCGGCUGUUCCCAUGCAAGCACACUUAUUGUCUCCGAGUUUGUCGGUUGCUUUCCAUCACUUAGUGGAGCUGUUAGGGUGAACCCUUGGGAUAUAGAUGAUGUUUGUGGUGCUAUGUAUGAAUCACUGAACUUAAAAGAUUCAGAAAAACAGUUGCGCCAUGAAAAGCAUUAUCGGUAUGUCAGUUCGCAUCAUAUUUCUUACUGGGCUAGCAGUUUUUCACAUGAUCUGGAGAGAGCAUGCAAGGACCAUUACAAUCGAAGGCGUUGGGAUCUUGGCUUAGGCUUAGAUUUCCGGAUCCUUUUACUUUCGCCAAAUUUUAGAAAAUUAACAUUAAGCCAUAUUAAAUCAGCGUACGAAAACACUUGCAGUCGAACUAUAUUUUUGGACUAUGAUGGUACCAUUAUGCCUGAAGCAUCCGUUAACAAAACUCCUAGCGGAGAAAUCUUAUCUAUCCUGAACAGCUUAUGUAGUGAUCCAAAUAAUACUGUAUUUCUUGUAAGUGGGAGAGGCAGAGAUUCGCUUGGCGAUUGGUUUUCUUCAUGUGAAAACCUGGGAAUAGCUGCUGAACAUGGCUAUUUCAUCAGGUGGAAAAAGGAUGCCAAGUGGGAAUCAAGCUCAGUUCGAGCUGCCUUGGAUUGGAUGAAGAUCGCGCAACCUGUAAUGCAAUUGUACACUGAGACUACAGACGGCUCUUAUGUAGAACCAAAGGAGAGUGCAAUUGUCUGGCAUUAUCAGUAUGCAGAUCCCGACUUUGGUUCAUGCCAAGCCAAAGAGCUGCUAGAUCAUCUUGAGACUGUUCUGGCAAAUGAACCAGUGGUCGUCAAGUCGGGUCAGCAUAUUGUUGAAGUAAAACCGCAGGGAGUGAGUAAAGGUGUGGCAGUUGAGAAGCUUAUUGGGGCUCUGACCAAGAGUGGGAAGCCCCCAGAUUUCGUGCUGUGCAUCGGAGACGACCGAUCCGAUGAAGACAUGUUUGAAAGUAUCAACAGUGCAACUUCAAGCAAUCAGUUUCCCUCAGUUCCUAAAGUUUUUGCAUGCACAGUUGGUCAGAAGCCAAGCAAAGCAAAAUACUACGUUGAAGAUUCCAGUGAAGUUAUUAGGUUGUUGUGCAGUAUUUCUUCCUUUUCAACUCAAAAUCACAUAGACCAACAGCAUGGUCAGGCUCUCUUCGACUGGCUGAGUUGAGAGUUUGGCUGGCUGUCUGACACAAAAUUUAUUCGAUACGUCUUCUACUAAUCGAAUUUGUACAUCCGGAUGAUCUUCUUUCUUCCUUUCCUAUCCUCAUGACGAAACACAUUCCAAAGGCUUCCCCUUUGU